AUGGUGUCGCCGAGGCCCUUUCCUUUCCCCUUGAACAUCGGGACCGAUAUAUGUCAAGUCUCGCGGAUCUAUCGACUCCUGGCCAGCGACCGGGGAGCGAGGUUCCUCCAGCGCGUCUUCACCAAGGAUGAGCGCGCUUUAGUUCCUGCCGACCCGCCAUCGGCUCCGGCGCCGACGACCACACCGGGCACCAGCCGCGAUGGGGAUUUUCGAGCAUUGAAGAAACAGAACCCGCUUCUGUGGAAGAAGGCCACCUUUGUAGCUGGGAGCAAGGCCAGGUUCGCCGCCAAAGAAGCCGCCUUCAAGGCGCACCCCGUCAGAAAACUCUCGUUCCACGACAUCACCAUUGUCCGGCGGGCGCUGGAGGAAGGCAAGGAGAACCCCAACGGCAGCGGGCCGCCCGUGGCCGUCAUCCGGGCCGAGAGGGAGGGCGAGCCGGGGCAGACGGCCAUGGUCUCGAUCAGCCACGACGGAGACUAUGCCACGGCUGUUUGUCUUGGGUUCGAGCCGGAGGUGACGAAAGAGAGCAGACGGGUCAAGGAGGUGGAGGAUGAGGGGGUGGACUAG